AAUACUAGUGAAACAAUAAUCAUGCUAGCUCUAGUUGAUGGUUAUGCUGAUUUUGUAGCUGCAUUUAAUCCAGACCCAAGUGAUAAAACUGAAAUUGGCAUGGCCAUAGACACACCUGGUAUAUAUUCUGCUCAUAUUGUAGAUGGAGUACAUUAUUAUCAACCAACGCAAGUGUACAUUGUUCUUCCAAUUGGAAGUGUUAACCUGAAUGCAACUGACGCAUAUUACAUUGAGGAGCCAACGACGCAAUUCUUUGUCUCAGUGGAAAGUGAAACACCAAAUAUGACAAUCACUAUUGACCUACAGGAUGGCAUUUUUAUUGAGGACCAUGUCACACUUGCUGCAGGGGCUCCAAUGGAAUUUGAACAUGAAUUUCAAACAGAUAUAGCUCCAAUAUCUAUUCCCAUUGUUGGAUUAGCAGUAUCUUUGGCAGAGGAAUUGGUCUUCAAAACCGUAGCCAACAUCUUAUUAUACAAUGAACUGGACUUGAAUGUAGACAAAUUGAUUGUCAACACUUCAGAAAGUUUUACAAUAAUGUACACCAAUGUAACUGGGUUUAACAUUUUGUUUACAACCCCAGAAGCAGAUAUUGAAUUCCCAGCAGUGAAUGUGUUCAACAGAUCUACUCAAUCAUCAGUUUCCACUUUCUUACCAAAUGAGGGAAUAUAUUUCUUGCCUUCUUUUGUGGACAACAAUGACACAAGAAGCUCUGCCUCUUUAAUCAAACCAAUUGUUGUCCAGAAUCCACUGAUUGAUAUAUCUAUAAAUGAAAGCAUUGAUGGAGUCUUGAUAUCACAAGAACAGAGUGUUGUUUUAACCUUGACCCAUAACAAUGAAGUGAAUCUACCCACAAAUGUUUCAUGUGUUCUAGAUACAGGAGCAGGAAUCCAGGAUGAAACAUCAGUUUUCUCACUGGAACCAUUCCAUGUUUUGAUUAUAGAUUAUGAGGAAACUGGCUCAUAUAUGCUUAAUGUUAACUGUAGUAAUCUUGUAAGUUCUGCAUUGGUAGAUAUAGAAAUUGUAAUCGAAGAUCUAACAAUAGAAUCAUUUAAUGUAACCAUGAUGACACCAGAUGAUGUAACAUUUCAUGUUGAAGAUCAAAAGACUCUUGUAGAAUUCCAAUUGAUGAUAGAUGGUGUAGAAUGUCUAAUGGUGCCCCCAGAGGCAGAGUAUUUUUGGACCUAUGGUGAUGAAACUGCAACUGAUACCAACAUGACUGAAUGCAAACAUGUCCAUAAGUAUGACAAGAAAGGUACUUAUACUGCAGAACUCACUAUCAAAUUAGAUGGACAACUGAGGGUAUUUUCAUUUGACAUAAAGGUAGGGAUCCUAAACAUUUCCACUGAUGUAGCUGAAGGUGUAAUGGGGGUGGAUGACCUUACCCUUAAAGUCAUAGGAUUCGAAGGAGAUCUGAGUAUAACUAUUGAAGCCAUGAAUGUCAAUGACCCCACAGUAACAAGUAAAGAUGAACUAUCUGCAAUUGCAGUUGAUCAGACAGCUGUGCUAUUGUACAUAUUCUCAAUACCAGGAGAGUUGUCUGUCAACUUCACAGUUGCAAAUGAUACACACAUUGAAUCAACACAGUUGUUAUCAACCAUUAUGAUGUAUGCUCCAUGUCCUGAUUAUGAAAUCAACUAUUUAGGCCCCGAAUUAACUAUCACACCGGCAACUGUUGAAGUUGAAGUCUCACGUAUUCAUCCUUAUCAUCCUGAUGAUGCCUUGUUCUUCAUGGAUUAUGGAGAUGGUAAUCCAAGUAUGCCAGUAACUAUAGAAACUUUUGAAUCCACCUUACUCUCACAUGAUUUUGUAUUUGAUGGAACUGCAAAUUUACAAUUGAGAUGUACAAGUCCACAUGGUAACACUGAGUCAUAUCUUAAUAUUGAUUUCAUCGAGGAUAUGACAGAGCUCACAAUGAUACCUCUUGGUGAAACGGUUCCUACAGUUGUUAUACUUGGAUCCAAUGUAGAAUACAUAUGCUCUGUUGCCUCAGGUAGGGGUGUCACGUUUUCGUUGAGUAUCGGAUCACAUGAAGUAAAACAUCUCCCAGGGAAUCCAAGACAAGCUUUAUUUAACCACACUUUUGUGACCGUAGGACUGAGUACAGUAAUAUGUAAUGCAACUGACUUUUAUGGCAAAACAUUGUCAUACACACAGCAAGUUCAGGUAAUGAAAAACCUCAUUCUUGAUGUUGAAAUGUUCCACAUUGAUGGCCCUGAAACAGUCACCUUUGAUUAUGUAAUGAGAGAAGCAUCGGCUGAAUUUGUUAUUUCUAUUGAUGGUUUUGGAUCAGUCAUCCCUGAAGGUGUUCUUGUUGCCUGGGAAUUUGGGGAUGACUCUAUUGGAGUACCAAUGAAUAAUCUUACAUCAUACUCAGAAAUGCAUUCAUUUUUUGAUGCUGGUACUUUCAUUGUCACUGCACUGAUCCAUUUGCCUUUGGGUGAAAGUUUUACACUGUCACAUACAAUAACAGUGGUAAAGCCAUGUUUGUGUCCAAUCAUAUCUUUUGAUGAAAGUGUGAUUCAAAGAGAUUCCCCUCUUACAGUGAUCAAAUCACGCUCAGCAGGCAUCACACUUGGUGUUACGCAGAGAUGUGAUGGACAAGCAUUCAAACCUAAAUACAGCUGGCAUUUAUCACAACUUGAACUAGGAGUAUAUGAAUCGAGUCCAAUAGUAUCAUCUCUUUUUACAAUCCCCAAAAAGACUCUAAAUGAUGGUUUGUUCAUUGUGACAACUUCAGUGGAACUAACUGGAAACUUGUCAUGUAACUUAAGUGCUUACAUGCAUCUUAAAGUUGUGAAGACCCCAUUGGAUUGCAAAAUCUUUGGUGGUGAAACUGUUGCUGUAGGUGUAAGUAACAAUCUGAUAUUGCGAAGUGAAACUAUUGAUCCUGACUUACCCAUUUCAACUGACUAUAGUGGAAUGACCUAUAGCUGGACCUGCACGAAGAUUCCAGUUGACCCUGAUAACAUUGAAGAAAUCCCUGUUGAACAGGAUGGUGAUGAGUGCUUUCCAGAUUCCCCUAAUCCAACUGAUAGAGAGGUCAUACAUACCGAAGCAAAAACAGCUGGCUUUUGGUAUAUAAACAAUUUAAAAGUACAGAAAGAUGAACGGUCAUGCAGUGCAGUCCAAUCUGUUAGAGUUGAUGAUGGAAAUACACCACAAUCUGUAAUAAG